AUGGGGUUUAGGAAAUUUCCAUCGUUAGGAAAAAAUGGUAAUUACUGUACUCGUUGUGAACGUGAUUUCCAGCGAAAAGAAACACCGAUUUCGUUCGGAGGGAGACUUUGGCACAGUAGUUGUUUUACAUGUGCAAAAUGCUUGAAUAAUUUGGAGCAAAGUAAUCAAUUGCUGAUACAAACAUCCGAUGGAAAACCUGUUUGUAGUGAUUGCUCACACACCUGCACAGUUUGUCAAAAAACGAUUCAGGAUUAUGCUCUUAUGAAUGGGUUCGACUCGUAUCAUCGCGACUGUUUUCGGUGCUCGAAUUGCAAGAAAGUUUUUAAUAACUCAGAGUUUGUGAAAGACGGUCGAACUGUAUAUUGCGGUGACUGCAGUCAAAACCGUUCGUUUAUGUCUUCUACAAUGGAAAAUUCGGCUUCACGUACUAUAAAAACACAAAGUCUCGAAAAAACGUCUUCGCACGAGUCGAAUCACUCCUCAAUCCCCGAAAGGGCAUCUCCUUUUAGGGCAGGGUCCUUUGUGUCCGAAAAUGGAUCCAGCGAGCAUGCAUCUACUGGCAAUAGUGAGCCUUCAUUUCAUAUUCACCAAACCAUUCCUACCGAACCAGCCUUUCAGUCUGUUGACUCUUUUUUUACCAAGAAAAAUCGAAGUCUAACCUCUUUUAAUAGCUUUAGUCCGCCUAAAAAAGAUGACAUUCAUCUAGAGACUCCUUCUCCAUUCAUUUCUCCUUUCCACAGACCCUCCGUAAGCACGAACGACCGAACUCUUACUCCCCAUAAUCCUUUGGAAAGGAAAGCCUCCUCUCCUUUCAAAACCAUUUCCUCAUCUAGCAGAAAGCCUUUUACUGACGAUUAUAUGAAUGACUUUGGCUUUGCCCCACAUCAAAAACAACCUUUCUUUACUGCGCGUCUUAACAAAUCUCAUUCUAAUCAUAACAUACAUUCUUUUCAUGAAUCAAAGAGCGAUUCUCGUCAUCAGUCAUUUUUAUCUCCUCACGAUUAUCCUAAUGUUUAUCGGACUUUGAGCCCAAAGUCGCAAGUUCACCGCAAGUCAUCUUCCCAACCUUCAAACGUUUACGGACUCCCCCAUUUUGCCUCCUCCCCUGAGACAAUCCCUACAGAUAAUGAUGAACGAAAAAAUUCUAAUGGGCCCCUUCAUGUUCGCUCUGGCUCAUCGCUACCCACUCUCGUUUCCCCUUUUAAUCUUCCAUCAGAGACGAAAGCGUCUACAAGUAAUAGUAAUACUCCUUCUUCCGAUUCUUCCAGUCUUUUUGAAAGUUACAAGAUCGAUAUGGAAGCUUUAAAAUUACAAAUUAACAAACUCACUCACUUAACGGAAUCCAUCUCGUCAAGGUCUAAUGCUUCUGGAUCUGAAAGUUCAUUGUAUUUGACUGAAAAUAAGGAUGCAUUGCGUAUGCAAAAAUUGGACGUAUGUGAAAAGUUUUUUUCCUUUGCUGAUGUUGCCGAUGACCCUAUAUUAAAGGACCCUCUCCAUCAGAGCUUAGUAGCCGCAGCGAAUGCUUAUAUGAACAUGUUACGUGAUAAUUUCUCACAAGAACUUUCGAAUUUGUUAGAGCGACGAAGUGAGCUCCUUCAGGACUAUUCUAAUGCCCAAAAAUUGCUUAACGAAUCAUUAGAGGCCUCAGUUCACUUAAAUUUCAAAAACCUUGAACUGGCUGACUUGAAUAAUAACCUGGCUAAACAAAUACACCAAAAACGGGACGCACCCCAAAACCAGUCUGAGCCAAAUAAAUUAUUCUUAGACACAAAAUCCUUAAAGCCUCUUUCUUCUGAUUCCGGAAUUGAUAAUCAGGAUUCUUACCAGCCCUCAACUUCUCCUUUACAAGCGAAUUAUAAUAAUAAACUUGAACUACGUGGAUUAAAACUGCUGAAUUCUGGAAAAGCUAGCAAUCGAAAAAGUCAUUUCAAAUCAUUUCAUGCAAAAUCUAAAUCUGCUGAUCCGGUUAUGGUAGACGAAAAGCCAGUAUGCCAACAUGUCUUUCAGGUUAAUGCAAUCUUCAAACCAUCUCGCUGCUUUAUAUGUUCGGAGACGAUAUGGGGCUCGGAAGUGCGCUGUACGAAAUGUUCUGUAGCUUGCCAUUCACGUUGUUUAAAAAAAUUGUACUCGGGGAAUGAGGAGCUAAAGUUUUUUUCGGAUGACGAGACAGAGAAUAAUAAUGCUAACGUUCCAGAAAUGCCAAGCAGACUACCACCUCCCGAGCCUUCUCCUUCAAUGUUCGGUAGAUCUUUAGAGGUUCAAGCAAAGAUUGAUAAGCAGUUUGUUCCUAAAGUUGUCCAGAUAUGUGCAGAAUGUGUCGAUGCUCACGGGUUACAUAUUGAGGGUAUAUAUCGCAUAUCCGGAAGCGCCUCCCAAAUUCGUGCGUUCAUUGAUAUGUUUGAACAAAACAGCAUACAAGUGGAAAGCUUAGCUUCUGACAUUACUGCUUGUACCUCUGUUCUAAAAACUUAUCUACAUAAGCUCCCAACACCAACAAUUCCAGAUGAACAUUAUAGGAAGCUACUGAACGCUGAGGAGCUUGAUGAUGACUUUGCGAAGGCAGAAAUGGUUCAACAGGUUUUGCAAGAGCUUCCCGCUGAACACAUUAGCAUCUUUCGAUAUUUGCUUCAGCACCUUUUGCGAGUCGCUGACAAUGCAGACAAGAAUUUAAUGACUAGGAAAAAUCUUGCUACCGUUUUCGCUCCAACUCUCAUGAGAGAAACAGAUAUGCAUCUUAAUUUGAAAAACGUGAAUAAGCGAACCGGAAUUCUGCAAUACGUAUUGGAGAAUUAUGAAAAGUUUUUUACUGACCCUUAA